AUGGAGGAGGGGGAGGACUCUAGGGUUUUUUUAGAAUGUGUGAAGGUUGGAGGCAGACUGCGGGUCAGAAUCCUCAGCUCGAGCUACUACACAGACGCGAACUGCCAGUUCCCACGGAAUAUCAGAGAGGAAAACACGCUGUAUAGCGUGCCUCCUGAGGCGAUAAAGCUGAUAAUCAGGCCCACCAGCAAAUAUUACAGGAUCGACCCGAAACUAAUUACGGUUAUACAGAAUGUGAGCAAGAGGGCGCUGAUAAAGAAGGUUUUUACGGAUGCCGAGAACGACGAGUGCAUAAUCUGCAUGUCUGAAAAGAAGUACUAUGUGUUCUCGCCGUGCGGCCACUUUUACAUAUGUAAGGAAUGCAAGGAGGGCGACAUGGACAAGUGCCCGAUAUGCAGAUCGAACAUACGGGGCUAUGUUCCCUAUUCAGAGAUGCAAUAA